UUCGCCUGCCCUGGAACUAUUUCUUCGACUGCAGAUUUUCACUUUCUGUCAUUCUUCCACAGCUAUUCAGGUAAGCUACGGAAGUGAAAUUUUAAGCAUUGAUGCGUGAGUGUGUUAUGAGCACUAUUAGCAAAAGGCAAAAAUCUCGUCGCCGAUUAGCUGCAUACAGCUUUUUGUCAAACAUCUCUUUAGAUGGCACGCAUCGUGACACUAAAAUAGGAAUUUAUAAUUUGAGCUUGCAAACUGAUUUCCUAAAAUACAGCUCAGAAUCACCGAAAAGUAUCAAUUCCGGUAGUCAGAAUAGUGCCAAGAAACACGUUUCUGUGAAAACUGAUCCUCAAAAUGACCGGCUUAAUCGGAUUGCAAUUAGCGAAGAGAAAUUGCAAGCUUACGGACCACAAAGUUCUACUAGUCCCAGAGAAAGAGUCCACAGUUUUGUUUCUGAGACGAAAUCCAAAUUCUUGAACACUAAAAGAAAGCCUGUUCUUCAUGAACGAUCUCAAGUUCAAUACAAUAGCGUUGAAAGUUUAGGUCUAUGCAGUAGACAUACAUCUUCAACUUUGUCUGAUGGAUCUUGUUCUGGUCUAGAAGUGAGAUUUUAUAAAUCUCUUAGAAAUGUUCAAGAUGACAGAGUUGUUCUAUUAUCAUCGAAUAAAGUUCCUUACCUUAUUUUUUCUUGCCUGCCAUAUGUUCGACAAGCCAAUUCUAGAGCUGAUAACAAACAAGAAAAUAUCCGUCGGCGCCAGGCCUCUGGAAAUCGACCCCUAUCUGCAAUAAAUGAUGAGGCAGAUCCAUUAAAUUUAUUAGCAGCCUUGGGGUACCGUCUCUAUGAUGGACAAGAAGUUUCGUAUAGUGGCCUUCUUUCAUCAUUUCAAAGCAACGCACAAGUCAAAUAUAAAAUCCGUGACACUGAUCAUUUAUCUAUUCCUUGCCCUCAUAUGAGUCGUUGUCAUUCCUUUGAUCCAGCUAUCUCUAAUGUACAUUAUUCCAAGAUGUCUAGUUCUCCUCCUUGUGGCUUUGACAGAGCUAUGGAUUGGUCUGAAUCAAAAUUUUGUCACCAUACUUGUCUUGUAACAUACACACCAAAUUUAUUAGAUGAUCCUGAACUUGUGACAGGGAAGCACAGUACUGUUCUCACCUUUUCAUCUUACAUAUCAUCAAUCAUUGAUUAUGUUAAACCAUCUGAUCUCAAAAAAGAAUUGAAUGAAAAAUUUAAAGAAAGAUUUCCCCAGAUACACCUUACUUUAAGUAAAUUAAGAAGCUUGAAACGAGAAAUGUUAAAAAUUACACAUCAUGAAUGUGGAAUUGAUCUCCUUACAGUAGCACAAGCAUAUGUAUUUUUUGAAAAGCUGAUACUAAAGAUGCUGAUCAAUAAGCAUAAUCGAAAACCUUGUGCUGCAGCCUGUCUCCUUUUAUCAGCCAAACUAAAUGAUGUGAAGGGAAAUGAUCUGAAGAAUUUAAUUGAAAGAAUGGAAAGUGGUUUCAGAUUAAAUCACAGAGAACUAAUAUCUUGUGAAUUUGGGGUUCUAGUGGCUCUUGAAUUCUCUCUACAUCUACCCACUUGGGAAAUUUUCCCGCACUACCAAAGACUUCUCUAUGAAUCUUAAAAUCUUAUGCUAUGUUCUGUUGCAGUGCAACCAGUUAUAAUUUUCAUUUGUAUACAGCAUUAUCAGUGUCAUUAAUUCUGUGAUUUUUAAAAAUGUACCCAAUAGCUGGGAGUUCUAAGAACAAACAGCUAUGGGUGAACAUUUAUUUAUUUUUAUUGUGAUGUUUAUAUAUUUGUUUUGUUUAAAAUGGAUAUAAUUAACAAAAUAAAAUUUUCUCCAAAAUAUAUGAAAUAAUUUUCAAAUGAUAACUGUAACUAUCAAAAUAAAGCAAAUUGGGUGUAAUUUUGAAUAAUUAAUUUGUUUUAUUUUUAAGAGUGCUAUAUUACACGUGAAUAAAAAGAACUUUAAAGAUAGAUUUAACUUUUUAAAUAAAAUUAGCACUUUACAAAUGGUAGCUGUAGCAAGUCUAAAUUAUUGUGGUUUGUUAGGAAUGUGUAAACUUUUUGAACCUUAAAAAUUUUCUCUCACAUGAUUUCUUAUAAAUUAAGAUUAAAAAUUAAGUUGACUUUAAAAUUAAAUGUGUUUGUGAAGUUCUUUAUAAAGGACAUAUAUUUUCUAGUCUCCUUUUUUAUUAAAAUGCACAUUUGUGAUAGUGGCAAAUUACUACAGUAUUUUGUUUUAAAAGUGCAAGCUAUUGCUAUAUGUUUGUGUUACAAUUAAAAUUAUGUGAUACAAUUACUAUAAUUAUGAUGCCUACUCCUGACAAAUUCUGUAUGCCAGAAUGGGUGUUAAUUAUUUUUGAUAUGUUAAAUGAGAAUAGGGUAUACUUUGUAACUUAUGAAUAAAGGAAAAUAACAUGAAUAAAACACAAAUAAAGAUAUAAAAAUGGGCAUACUAUAGGUUUGGUUUUAUAAACAAGAACCUUCCUUGUCCUAACACAAAAUAGUUUUUUGCGUUGAAACACUGGGGGAGUUUCUUAUUUAUAGAAUUGAAAUUAUUGAAUAACUUUUUAAGUAAAAUUGAAAUAAAAUUAAAUUAAUAAAUACCUAUUUCUGUAUCUUUAUUUGUGGUUUAUUCACAUUUGAUUGUGACCGUUUAAAACAUCAGUUUUUUGGACUGAUAGAGCUUUAUACUAACGUCUUUAAGUUUUAAUGUUAAUGAAAAUUAGGAAAAUGUUAAAUAGAAAUUAUAAGAUGAAUGAAAUGUCAGCUAUAAAAGACGAAUUUUAAAGUAAAUGAAUAUUAGCAUUUAAUACAAAAUCUGUUAAUUGAAUUUUAUUAUUAAAAGUAAUUUUAACAAAAAUUAGGAUUAAGCUAUUUUUCCAAAAUAUUUAGUUCACAUCUUUAAAUGUUAGAAAUAGGUUUAGCAAAGCAAAGAAUAUUAAAAUUUUUACAUAAUGAAAAUAUCACUUAAGCAAUAUUUUAGAAAUAGUGUUUAAAAUUAUUAAGGCAAGUGUGAUAUAUAUGCACAACUAGUGAUAAUGCUUAGAAUAAUGGUGAUGCAUUUUGUGAUUUUUAUAACCUAAAUAUUUUUCAUUUCUGACAUUCCAGUGUUAUUUUUAAAAUUGCAAAAAAACAUUUUAUCAAAUGAAUGGAUUAUCAAGUUUUUAAAAAUAUUAUCUUCUCUAGUUCAUUAUUGAUAAGUUCUCAUAAUUUUCAUAACCAUAAUAAUUAGAGAUAUUUACAAUAAAUAGUAAACAUAACCAAUAAAAUUUAACUCAGGACAAUUUAAUCUUUUUCUUUAAAAAAUAGUUGUACAAAAAAGUGUACUAGCCUUAUUAAUCAGGUACAUGCUUCUUACUCAUGAAAAAAUUACAUUUAAUCGAUACAAACAUGAAUACUGAUUGAAGAUUAAUUUAAAUUUCAACUAGUAAGGAUAUGCAAAAUUUUUUAAAAAGUUAUAAAAGGAAAACUUAUAAGUACAGUUGAAGUAAAAGUGCAACAUGCAUAUUUAUCAAGUCUAUUCAUUUGAUUAAGAGUAUUUUUUUGCUGCCUACAUAAUUUAUGUAUGUGAAAUUUUAUUUGUGUACUUAAUUGUUUAUUUUAGGAAAUAAACAUUUUUAAAGAACAAACUGUUUAUGUUUGAUUAAUGGUUGUAAAUAAUAAAAAUAGUAUAUUCUUUUAUUAGAGAAUAUAUUUUAGAAUGUGCUAUUUGUUUAAAAUGUGAAAUAGUAAAAUGUACUUAUUGUUUCAUCUGUGUCUUCAGUUGUUUGUGAUGUAUUUGGCUAUAGUAUCUUUGUUUUGACAUGUAAAAUAUUUUCUUAUAUUAAUAAAAGUAAUUUUUUUACUAAAAAA